AUGGGGGAGAUUGAAGGAACAUACAGAGUCCUGCAGACCCCAGGAACACGGCUGGGAGCCCAGAUCCCCACCGGGGUGAGCACCCUGGAGCCCGGGCAGAGUCUGUCAGUGGCGAUGGCGCGAGCCCCUGCCCGGGUGCAGGAGAAGCACCUCCACAUCAGGGUGAAGCUGCUUGACAGCACCGUGGAGACGUUUGAUGUUGAGCCUAAAUGCCAGGGCCAGCUGUUGCUGACUCAAGUAUGGACACGGCUGAACUUGACAGAGUCUGACUACUUCGGGCUGGAGUUCCAAAACGUGCAGUCGUACUGGGUCUGGCUUGAACCGAUGAAGCCCAUCAUUAGGCAAGUGCGAAGGCCAAAGAAUACAUUGCUUCGCCUAGCCGUGAAGUUUUUCCCACCUGACCCGGGUCAGUUGCAAGAAGAAUACACAAGGUACCUGUUUGCCCUGCAACUCAAGAGGGACUUGCUGGAGGGGCGGCUGAUGUGCAGCACCACCACUGCAGCUCUCCUUGCGUCUCAUCUCCUGCAGUCGGAAAUAGGAGACUAUGAUGAAACUCUAGACCGAGAGCACCUCAAAGCCAACGAGUACCUGCCUGACCAGCUGCACUCCCUGGAGAAGGUGCUGGAAUUCCAUCGGAAGCACACGGGCCAGACGCCAGCAGAGUCAGACUUCCAGGUGCUGGAAAUUGCUCGGAAGCUGGAGGUGUAUGGCAUCAGGUUUCACGAGGCUUCCGACAGGGAGGGGACCAAGAUUAACCUGGCCGUUUCCCACAUGGGCGUCCUCGUGUUCCAGGGCACCACCAAAAUUAAUACUUUCAACUGGUCCAAGGUCCGUAAACUAAGCUUCAAGAGGAAACGAUUUCUUAUUAAACUCCACCCAGAGGUAUGUGGACCUUACCAGGACACAUUAGAGUUUGUGUUGGGCAGUAGAGACGAAUGUAAGAAUUUCUGGAAGAUCUGUGUGGAGUAUCACACCUUCUUUAGACUCUUUGAUCAGCCUCAGCCCAAAGCUAAAGCUGUCUUCUUCAGCCGAGGCUCCUCCUUCAGAUACAGUGGAAGAACUCAAAAACAGCUAGUAGAUUAUGUUAGAGACAGUGGGAUGAAGAAGAGUCCGUAUGAAAGAAGGCACAGCAAGACGCGGCUGUCCAUCCGAGCUCUGACUGUAGACGUGCCCACGCAGAGCACCUCACUCACCGAGGGUUUGAGGACUUCUUCUUCCCUGUCUCCAGCCAGUGCCUCCUUCUCUUCAGUGCCUACCUCCCCUGCGGCCCCGACCAGCCUGCCCGAUUCUAAAGACAGCAGCUGUGCCCUUUCGGAACCCCGCGUGCUCCUUGCCAAGAGUGGGGCCUCGGAGAGGAGCAGUGGAGCCUCGCCUGGAGGCCCUGACAUGGCCUGGCCACCUGGGCCUCCAGCCCCUCAGGCCUGCCCAGGCCUUUCCACAGAGCCACCUCAGCCUUCUCCCUCCACGUGGAAGAGCCCGCUGAGCUUGAACUCUGCGUUGCAGGUGACUCUGAGCCCAGGUGAGCGGGGCUCGCCCCCCCUCCUGAGCCCCGUCCUCAGUGACGUGGGCGGAGCCGGGAUAGACAACGAAGAAGAGACAGCACACAAGCACACGCCCACAGACCGCGCAUAUUUUGUAGUGAAGGAGAUUCUGGCCACAGAACGGACCUACCUGAAGGACUUGGAAGUCCUCACUGUGUGGUUCCGCAGCGCGGUGGUGAAGGACAACGCCAUGCCUGAGGACCUCGGGACCCUGCUCUUCUCCAACAUCGAUCCCAUCUAUGAGUUCCACCGCAGCUUUCUGCACGAGCUGGAACAGAGGCUGGCGCCCUGGGAGGGGCCCUCUGGUGCCCACACCCAUGGCGCCCACCUCAGGAUUGGGGACAUCCUGCUCAGGAACAUGAGGCAGCUACAGGACUUCACCAGCUGCUUCCAGAGGCAUGGCAAGGUGCUGACUGAGCUGGACAAGGCCACCAAGCGCUCCAAGAAGCUGGAGGCUGUGUGCAAGGACUUUGAGCUCCAGAAAGUCUGCUACCUGCCACUCAGCUCCUUCCUGCUCAGGCCCGCCCAGCGGCUGGUGCACUACCGGCUGCUGCUGGCUCGACUGUGUGCACAGCUGCCACCUGGCCACGCCGACCUCCCUGACUGCCGAGACGCACUGACGGCUGCCACAGAGGUGACGUCCACGCUCCAGCACAGCCUCAUCUACCUGGAAAACCUGCAGAAGCUCAGGGAGCUGCAGCGGGACCUGGUUGGCAUCGAGGGCCUCGUGGCACCUGGCAGGGAGUUUAUCCGUGAGGGCUGCCUGUGUGAGCUCACCAAGAAGGGGCUACAGCAACGGAUGUUCUUCCUGUUCUCAGAUGUGCUGCUGUACACCAGCAGAGGCGUCACAGGGACCACCUGCUUCCGGAUCCGGGGCCUGCUGCCCCUGCGCGGCAUGCUGGUGGAGGAGACUGAGAAGGAAUGGUCAACCCCUCAUUGUUUCACCAUCUACGCAGCCCAGAAAACAAUCGUGGUGGCAGCCAGCACCCGCCUGGAGAUGGAGAAGUGGCUGGGUGACCUCACCACCACCAUUGAGGCAGCCAAGCAAGGUGGGCCCGCUCCUGCACUCCCGACAAGCCCGGCAUGGGCUCGCACCCCUGGACCGUCAGAUGAGGCCUCCUCGGAGCAGGAGUCAGAAGAGGAUGCUCAGGGUACCCGAGGCUCUGCGGGGGGGCUGAGCCAGCACCGCGCCAACACCACACUGCACGUGUGCUGGUGCCGCAGCACGAGUGUGUCCAGGGCCGACCUCAGCGCUGCUGUUGAGAACCAGCUUUCUGGGUACCUGCUGAGAAAGUUCAAGAACAGCAGCGGCUGGCAGAAGCUCUGGGUGGUCUUCACCAACUUCUGCUUGUUCUUCUACAAGACGCAUCAGGACGACUACCCACUGGCCAGCCUCCCACUGCUGGGUUACAGCGUGAGCGUCCCUGGGCCGGCUGACGGCGUCCACAAGGACCAUGUCUUCAAGCUCCAAUUCAAGUCACACAUCUACUUUUUCCGUGCAGAGAGCAAGUACACAUUUGAAAGGUGGAUGGAGGUGAUUACAAGGGCCAGCAGCACACCUGGGAGGGCCCCCUAUGGCCUGGGCCCUGCACAGGGCCACCACCCAGAGGCAAGAGGAGUGAAGGUCGGCCAGGCAGCCAGUGGUGAAGGCGGCAGACGAGACCACCCCACGGAGGACACAGAGCAGCAGUCACCGAAGAGCUGA